AUGACUGAAAUCAAAGACCAAAUCUACCGAUACCGGCACUACAUUGGUGUUGCUGCAGCUGUAUUGCUUGUAUGCCAACAAGUGUACCACCGUAUCUUUCGUAUCCCAAAGAACCUACGCCAUCUACCAGCUAUUCCUUAUGGGCAGCAACUUAAAGCACUCCAAUCACAAGAAAACUUGAUCAGCCGUACGCAACGUUUAGUCUUUCCCUUGCUCUCAAAAGCCAAUGGUGUUUACCUUGUAUGCUUCUUUGAUCUUGAUACCUGGACAAUUUAUGUGGCAGAUCCAGAAAUUGCCAGGAUCGUCUUUUUCAAACCAGAAUUCGCGAACAAGACAAGUUCCGUCCUUGAUAGCAUCGACCAGAAUACGACAUUGAUUGAAUUCGUUGGUAACGACAAUGUAUCGAUUGUGAAUGGACACCAUUGGAAGGAUCAGCGAAAGAUCAUGAACCCUGCUUUCCACCGAGCAACUCCAGUUGGUAUGUUUGGCAGUCUCAUGCCCAAGGUGUUUCGUCUUGUUGAGGAGCAACCCACCGUACCUGUACUCGAGUUGAUGCAAAAGCUCACGUUGGAUGCAUUGGGCAAAUCCGUAUUCGGAUUCGAUUUUGGUGGAUUGGAUGACCCUGAUUCGGUAUGGGUCAAAACCUAUCGUCUUCUAUUUGAUGGCUUCACAAAUGUCAUUCCUUUGGUGUUUCCACGCCUUGAUGGUCUCUAUCGAUACUUUAGUGCUAAACGCCGAGCACAACACGAUGCCGUCUACAAGUUGAUUGAUUUGCUCGAUGGCGUAGCUGACAAGAAGAGAUCCAUGCUGCAAGACGAAUCGAAUUCACAUACCAAUGAUGUGCCUGAGCACGAGAAGGAUUUGCUUCAACUCAUGUUGGAGGCUGAGCUCCGAGGUGAAGGCAACUGGACCAAAAAAGAGCUACGACACAAUAUGGCCAUAUUCUUUGUUGCAGGCCAUGAUACCACAAGCCAUGCUCUUACCUUUUGCUUGUAUCUCUUGGCAAUGAAUCAGGAUAUCCAAAAGAAAGCACGUGAAGAGAUCCUCCGAGUUCUUGGUGACGAGCCUACGGAUGUAUUCCCUACAUUGGAAGAUUGCAAGAAAAUGGACUACCUUGACAUGGUGAUCAAAGAGAGCAUGCGAAUUUAUCCACCUGCAAAUGACAUUCUUGCACGUGACGUACAUGAGGAUUUGAAUGUGAAGGGCAUCUUUAUUCCAAAGGGCGCAAUGGUCAGCGUUGACAUCCAAGCUCUUCACCACCGACCCGAUUUGUGGCAUGAACCCGAAAAGUUUAAUCCCGAUCGAUUCCUUCCUGGCGGUGAGCAUGAUUCGCAUGAGGGCAUCGCCUAUGCACCCUUCAGCUCCGGGGCACGACAAUGCAUCGCACUCAAAUUUAGCAUUAUGCAGCAACGAGUGGUUUUGGCCAUGCUUUUGCGAAAAUUCGAAUGGGAACUUCCAAAGGAGUCAAAACACAAAGAUGGCAUCAAAUUCGAGAUACCUUUCAACCUUGCACCCAAGGAUCUAGAACUAACAUUCCAUAAGCGAUAUUGA